AUGACCUCAGACACCGGACUGCCCCAGCAUUUGCAUGGGGUUCUAGCUGAACUAAAUCGCCGUCCCUAUCCCCAUGUCCCCAACCCGCCAACCUGCAAGAAACGUGCCUCGGUUGCUUUAAUCAUUCGGGUCCGGCCGACCUAUGACCAUUGGCCCAGCUCUAUACAGCCCAUUGAUACUGCACAGUCAGUCCAGGAACGUCUCCAUGGAUUCUUCUCUCAGCCAUGGGUUCAGCACGGCGAACCAGAAGUUCUGUUUAUAAAGCGUGCCUCGCGGGUGGGAGACCGAUGGACCGGUCAUGUUGCACUCCCCGGUGGGAAGCGUGACCCGGAAGACGCAGAUGAUCAAGCGGCCGCGAUCAGAGAGGCCUCGGAGGAGAUUGGUUUAGAUUUGACAACGGAGGAGUGCAUCAGCGUGGGCAAUCUCCCCGAGCGAGUGGUCACCACCAGCUGGGGAUCCGAGCCUCUGAUGGUUCUGUGUCCUUUUGUGUUCCUCAUCACUCGCAGCGACUCCCCAACCCUUCGACUGCAACCCACGGAGGUAGCCUCAACGCAUUGGAUUCCUCUGCGCGCUCUCCUAUCGCCGUCUCAACGGACUGUUGAAUAUGUGGACAUGUCGCAGCGAUUUGCGCGACAAGGUGGGUUCUUAACUCGUCUUGCGGUUCGAUCUUUGAUGGGCUGGAUGCAGUUCUCGGCCGUGCGACUGCUCCCCUCCGAGACCCAGCAAUGCACCACCACCGCGGGAUUUCUUCCCGAUGAUAACAAGCCCAAGCCUUCGGUAGCCCAGCGAUUCAAAGGGUGGUGUUUGAGCAACCAAGCGGAGUCCACUGACACUGGUCGUCCGCUGCUUCUUUGGGGCCUUACCCUCGGCAUCCUAGCUGAUUUCCUGGACAUGCUGCCUCCCCACGAUGCUGUCAAGCUGUGGCAUUAUCCGACCUUCACGGUCCCCGACCUGCGUCUCAUAGUAAGCGUUGUAACCUAUCAUUUGCGAAAGCGCAAUGCGCGCAACGUGAAAGCGGGUGCUCGUCCUAGUGACACGGCCUCUGAUGGCGAAACGGCUGCCGCUCCGGUCACAGAGGGAGCGGGUGACCAUGAUCAUAAUGAAGUGGGUAUUGGUGGCCUUGGAGUCGGACGAUAUUAUGGGGCGUCCGAUCAGGCCACCGAUGGGCAAUCCUAUGCGGUGGGGAUCAUGCUCCGGGGAUAUUAUGCCCGAUUACGCACUGCCAUCUGGGUAUACCUCGCCUGGCGUGUAGCCAUUGGCUCGGUUGCCGGUAUCUCUGCCUGGCGUUUGCUUCGACGAUUACGUUAA